AUGUCCGUGAUAAUGUACAUGAGCGCGUAUGGACUGCGAGUGAUGGAAGUGGAAAGCGGUGGUAUCUCCCCGCCGGCACCAGAUCCCCGCUAUAUGCAAUACUAUGCCAAGACACCCUAUGUCUUUAUGCCGUUCAACGCUGGCCCACGCAGCUGUCUCGGUCAACAACUCGCCAUUGCAGAAGUCGGAGUGUGGCUCGUUCGCCUCGUACAGCGAUUACAAGAGUCCAAAGCCAUGCAAGACGUAGCAUCUCCUUUCUACACGGGUGAAAAGGCAGAUAAGAAAGUUGGCGGAAUGGGUUGGGACGCGAUGGUGCAAUUGGAUGAAGACGCGAUUCCUCUCAAUGCCAGGGUUCCUCCUAGCUGGAAAGAAGAAGGAAAAGCGUGGCAAUCUUCCUCCUCCUCCUCUGACUCGUGGAAUACGGACCUCGAAGGUGGUCAAGCGUACGAAAAGUCGUCGUCUCCCAUCGACAACGAGGAAAGGCAACCCCUUCUUUCUCCGUCGAACGGAGAGUCUGGUGGAAAGGCCGAGGAUGCGUGGUUACCCUCCGAGACGCCCACGGGUGUCAGUCCGCGCCGCGCGAUCGAAAAGGUCUGGCCGAAAAGCCACUUGACCAUGUUUAUCGAAGGAGGCUUGUGGAUGCGACUAGCACUAUGA